CCGCCCGCCAUCAUGGGUGUGGCGGCAGCGUCGCGUCAUCGCCACAGUCGGGCUAGGAGACCACACGGCCUCUUCGCCAUGACGAAUACGGAGCUAGCUCUGCUUCUAAGGUUGGAACUACAAGACCUCACUUAAACCUGGAGCCAUGGGUAGAACAUACCUUGUUGAGGAGAGUAUUGGGCAGUAUUUGACGGAGCUCAGCACGAAGGUGAAGCCAUAUGUCACGGGCUUGUUGAUAGGGCAGUGCUCCCCACAACGGGACUAUGUCAUUCGGGCUGUGCGAACCCCUCUCAAGGAGCAGCAGGAGGAGGAGAGUGUGGGCCCUCCCAAGCUGGCAUCCCUGGAUGAGGAGUGGAUCACCACACAUGCCAGUCAGGUGUCCAGAAUGCUCCCUGGGGGGUUGCUGGUUCUUGGUGUGUUUAUGAUUGUAACUCCAGAGCUGGCAAAAGACGGUCAAAAUGCUUUGCGCAAGCUAAUCUUCUCAGUGGAAAAGUCCUUGAGUAAAAGAAGGCUCUGGAAACCUGCUGAGGAGGAGGUCUCAGACAGAGCAGCACUUCAAAUCUGUUCUGCUACAAAAAAAGUAGUUUGCCGCACCUACGAUGUUCAGGACCCAAAGAGUUCAGCUAAACCAGCAGACUGGAAGUACCAGAGUGCUCUGACUGCUUCCUGGGUAGCUUUGGGCUGCACAGUAAAUGUGAACAUCCAUAUUCCACUUCUUGCUACUUCCCCCAACCACGACCUGGAGAAGAAUACCAAGAAUGGGUUAAACCGAUGGUCAAAACAGAUAGAAGACAGUGUUUUUCUGAUCAAUGGCCAAGUUAAAGAUGAGGAUACAGAACUGCUGGAAGGGCAGAAAAAGUUCAGAGGAAAUACUCAGCCCAGCACUCAGUUUUCUGAUGUCAAGGUUCUGACACAGCUGUGCCAGGGUGCCAAUGCCAGGUCCACAGCGACGGUGCAAGUGUGCAGCGGUUCCAUAAACCUCCGGGGAGCUGUGAAAUGCAGGGCCUACAUCCAUAGCAACAAGCCCAAGGUUAAAGAAGCCAUUCAGGCUUUGAAAAGAGACAUAAUAAACACAUUGAGUGAUCGGUGUGAAAUACUGUUUGAAGAUCUGAUUUUAAAUGAAGGACCUCAGAAAAAAAAUUUUGAGAGGGAAUAUCAUGUCUUGCCUCAGAGGCUGUUUGUCCCAGUUGCUGGAUCCAGUGUGAUGCUCAGUGAUUAUAAGUUUGGUGAUGAGGCUGCUGGAGAAAUCCAGGAACGUUUUGUGGAGAUGUUGGAUCAGCCUGUACAAGCUGAAGAUAUGCACAUAGCUGAAGACAUUAGCACAGUGCAGCCAUGGCUGCAGCUCAUGAGCUGCUGUAGAAACAUGAAGAGAUGGUUAACCAACGUUUGCAUGUGCCACUCUGCUCAUGAAUUAGAGGGGAUCCUUUAUUGACAAAUAAAGUCUUAAAAAAUAUCCUGUAAAAUUUUAUUUUUUACAUUAAUAUAUAUAUUUACACUUUCAGUAGUUCAUCUUUUUAGUGCUAAUUAGUUUUGAGACAAAUUAGAAUAAGGUGAGUGAUUUAGUCAAAUCUGCUGUUUUUUCACUACAGAAUUAAAAACACUUUAAUAAUUCUUCUAGCAAAACAUUCAUAUAGUCUAAUGUGUCUUUCAAGAAGUUUUUAUGCUACACCUGAUGUUUUUUAAAAUGCCAAAUACCUUUCUUUAUUCUCGGUGUUUUAAUUUAUGUACCAAAUGCAGUGCCCAAACCUGAAGAUUUGUGGUUCACCUGGAGUGAAAACAAAAUUGAGAGCACUUUCCAUUUUCUACUGCAUGUCUUACAAGUUUGUGGUCUGAUUAUGAGACUGCUAUAUUAAUUUUAAUACAGAUAUUUUGCCAUAAUCUAGUUAUGGAACUCUUCUUCCUUAAUAUUUCUUGUUUAUAUAAUUCCCUGUUGGGUUUUUUUUCCCUUGCAAUGUUGAUUUCAAUGUAGAAUUCAAAUAUGACGCUGAAAUGCACCUAAUAACAUUUCCUGUGGUCUUAUGGAAGAGAUUUUACUCCCCUUUUUUUUUCCCCCUUCAACAUGCAUAUAAACUGCAGAUUCCAGUUUUAUAAUUCAAAUAAAUCAAAAAUCCAACACUAAUUCUCAGAUAAGAACUGUGAACACUUUUUAAUGUUGGUAUUUAGGGACAAAAACUGGGCAAUGUAACCAUUACUUGCUGCGCAGGUUGAACUGUGAGUGUUGAUAUUCUCCUUGACUUACACGUUAACUUGGAGGGGGCUUUGAGUUUCCUAAUUUCAGAGCUAACAAUAAAUUCUUGUCUUUCUAAAUGAAUCAGCUCUCCCCAGGCUUUAACUAGACCUUUUAGCUGUGAAGUGACUCAUCCUCUUGAGUAGUAAGAGGUGUACAGGAACCUCAAGGAAAACAGGAAAGCCAAUAAAAAUCUCUCUGGCAUUAUUAGAGUAACUUUAAUACUCUUAAAACUAAUUACUACUGAGCUUUAAGGAAUCUGUGUAGCUUAAAGAAGCAAAUGAGUAUUGUUGUAGCAGUGGAGAGAAGUGUGGGAGGAGAGUGGUGAUGAGUCAGUUCAGCUUUAUUGCUUAUGUAAGGUUGUGUGAGCUGCAGGUAGGAAGGAAGCACCUUUCUACUCACAGCAGGGCAUCCCAAAGAUUUGUCCCAACAAUAGGUGUGAUGGCAACAGAAAGAGCUUGGGUGUUCUUGUAGAGUGCUGCUUGUAGAGUUAACUGGGGGGUAUUUAUAUUCCUUUUCUUUUAAAGAAAAGCAAAUAGAAGUAGGUGUGUAUUUUCUUUAAAAAAAAAAAAACCCAACCCACAAAUUAAAAUAAUUGCAUAGAAGAGAGUAAAAACAUGCAAGGGGAUUUUGGGAAAGCCUGGCCUUGUCUUGGUGAUCACCACAAAGUUUGUCCGUUGAAUGGGCUCUGUUAAUAGCAGUGAUAUCAAUAAUACUGUCAACACAGCACUGUUCAUUCUGAUAAUUAAUGUUGAGGCAUCAGUCACAUCAGUGACACAUCAGUGUGGUUUAUUAAAAUCACAAGUUAUUUAUACACUUUUAUCGCACCAGGAAGGUCAUUUUAGAAAGAGUCUGGUUAAAUGCAUGCAAAGUGUUCUGCAUUCUAAAAAAAAAAAAUCCCAGUAAUUAUGGGAUUUGAUUUUUAUUGUUGCCUUGGUAUGAAAUGUCUUAAGUAUUGCUGUGAACAUGUUUUUUGUGUUAUAAUAAGAGUUUGUGGUUUGUCUUGUGCAAAGGCUUUUCCAGUGCAUCAUUUUGUCUUAGGAAGCAUGUGUUGUUUCUCUAACUUUGUUAAUAACAGUCAAUAUUCAGUAAUUGGUUUGUAGGGAAUUUUGUCAUCAGCCUUUCUGUUUGUGUCACAGUUCCAGUGAGGCAUCUACCUCAAAUUAACUGGAAAUGCUGUUCAUAUGUUUAAAUAUGUUCAAAUGAGGUUCUGGGGAAAGUUUGCUGAUGAAAAGAAUUCUCUAAAAUUCAAGAAUACAAACAGGCUUUUGAAAUAAUUUGGGAUUUUGUCGCUCUUUAAAAUAUGCAUUUUAGAAGAAAAAGAUCCAAUCAGUAUAGGAAAAAUAUUUAUUUUUUAGGCAGCUUUUAGUCAAAACAUGAAUUUUUGAGGUCAGUUUUAUGUGUUUACUGAACUUGGGCUCUCCUCUGUCUCCUGAAGUUUCAGUCUCUUGACUCCUUGUACAGCUCUCCAGUGGGGACACCAAUGGGUCAUACUUUAAAAUUGCUUUGUGGAAAAUAGAAAGUAAACUCUGGACUAUUUAUAAAUGGAAGUCUUAAAUAGCUGUAACACUAUAAUUUCAAGGUAUUUAGUGCUCUAAUACAGGCAACUGAAAACUCUGCAUUUCUGAUUUACUAAAUCCCUGCACCUCCUUGGUGCAGGGGUUGAGCUGUUAAAUACCCUGAGUGUACAGACAGAAAUAAGACUUCAGCAGUGGUAAUCACUUCCCCAUCUUGGUUAGGAAACUGAAGAAUUAAGCAUUCAUCUAAUUGGUACUAGAAACCAUCUGCUAUGAAAAUUCUUUUGUGUGAUUUGUGCUACAGCUUUUCCACAUGCAAAUCUUUGGCAUAAAGGCCUGCGGUAAAUAAAUAGUUCAAGGGUGGUUCUUUUUUCUUUUUUCCCUUUGUCUUUUUAAUUUUUCCCCUCUUAACAGAUGAGGAAUGUGCAGCUGCCUUGAUGUGCAGCUUUCAAAGGUCCUCUCAGCACAGGGAGGCACAAAGAAACCUCAAGUUAGAGGGCAUGGACUGUCCUACCUGCCCAUCAAAUAUACAGCAGUAAGGAACCUGCUGGAGCUGGACUCCAGAGGUGGCCCAAGAAAUGUAGUCCUAUUAUCCCAAAGUGGGAUGUUUUAUGGAAUUCAAAACUGACAGAAGUUUUUACUGUGCUAGUUUAAGAUACUUACUUAAAACCUAUCUUGGAACAGUUAAUAACUUCUAUAGCUGAAGACUUCUAUUCAUAUUUUAGGCAGUUGAGGGAGUGUUUUUAUUGGUACAAAGAAAAUAAUGAUCUAGCCAUGGCUUCAUUGAGGACCAGUGGGAUUCAGGGUUAUUUGAUAAUUUCUCUUUUAAAAACACACUUAGCAGUGAAAUAUUGUUGAAUUUACAUGUAUAUGCUUCUCAGAGAGAGAUAUACAAGCAAUGUCUUUAUAUAGCUCACUGUCCUGUUGAGUUUGGUAUCAGUCAGUUAGUGAUUUCUCUGCUGCAGUACAUGCUAUACCAAUGCAGUGGGUUUAGGGAUAAAAACCCUAAAGACGGGUUUUAGAAGCCUAGUUUGGGUGUUUUCCUGCAACAGGUCUUGUGCAAGUUUGACUUAAGGAGAUUUUGAAGGCAAUUAUCCACAUGACUCAACAGAAACAACCUUUCUGAUCACAUCUAGAUUAUCCAUUUCCACCAUAGCUAAUGACAGAGAAAGUACUUCAUGAAUCAUUUGCAUAUGAAUCACACAAAGGAUGUGCCUUAUUACUCAAACAUGUAAUUUGUGAUUUAUUGCUGAUGGAUAACCCUUCUGUGGAAAUGGAGAUCUGUUUUUAUUCAGAUCAGUGUCUCAUGGUCUUCUAAACCCUGAUACCUGGUACUGCUGGGGGGUUUCCUUGUCUCCUUAUCAGUCUGUUAGGCUUAUUCUCUUACCUCAGCCUGCCUGUCCUGUUCUUCCCAGACACAUCCAGCUCUCACUGCUGUGACAAACACUUUGUCUUACCCUUUGCUUGUGCAGAAGGUGCCUGUGGUUAAAGAUUCUGAAUUGUAAUCCAGACUUUUGGCAAGUGAAGCCUUAGCAAACUCCUGGAAACAGGACUGCUGCAAAUUGAAGGCCUUUGGCCCACCACCAUCAAGCAGCCUUGUCACUGUGCGGGUGUAUGGUGUAUUCCAUGCUGGCUCUAUGUGGCUCAGACAAGAUGGGCUGAAGGACUGGAGAUUAAUCCCCUUCUUUCUUUCU